AUGGGCCGCACUCCGAGCUGCCGUGGCGAUGGAUUAUCAGACGAGGCCCUGGCGCUUAGGGCCCUGAAGCCUGUGAAGCGUCCUGCUGACUGGGGCGCCGAAUUGCCGGAGGAUCCGAUCCUGUGCUCACAAGCACCACCGGCCGUACUAACAGGCCUCGACAAGCCAAAGCCUCCAAACAGUGUGAGCGCGAAGGUCUGGAGAGUUGCCGCUGAUGCCCGGAAUAAAGGUGCAAAGCGACCUCGGAUGACAGCAAAAAGUCGCUCAGUGAAAAGCUUCUCUGACUCUCCCCCGGUGGUUGCGCACCACCUUGACAUGCAAGCAGUCUCAUGCAAUGCCCUAGAUGACGAAAGAAGAGACGAACCCAGAGAGGGCCUCGAAGGGCCCAAAAAGCAGUGCCAGUACAACAUCUUGGCUGCUUUGGGCAUUCCGCACAAAGGCCAGGACAGUUGGACCGAAGUGCAAGGAGCUAAACCACCCAAAUUGCAGGAACAAGUUACUGCACCAAAGGCGAGAAAGAAGCAAGUCCGCUCGAAGGGACAGCAUCCAGCUCGGGAUCUGCUCCGGCAGUUUGCGCUGCUCGCACCUUCGCGCUCCAAGAGCAAGGAUGCCGUGGAGGGAACGGUGGAAGAGCGCACGGACAGUCACUCGGAGGAAGUGGCCUCCGCCCUCCAUGGAAAAGCCUUUCAGGUGCGGCUGAAGACAAUAUCCGGCAAUGUGAAAGUUGCCUUCAGUGGUGCUGCCGCUCGAGCAUUCUAUCGAAGUCUGGGUUUACAGCGAGGUGGCCGAGUACGCCUUCAAGGCUUCACCUCCACGCGUGAAAACGACGUGGAGGUGCUGCGCUUCAAAGAUGUUCACCCUGGCGUGAGCAUCAAAGUAGUGGCCACAGCUGCAAUGUCACUGGAGGGCGAAGAAGUCCUGCAUUUGCAGGACUUGGAGGGGCACCUGGCCAAGGUGAAAAGAGGUGAAGCGAAAGCAGUUGUUUCGGUGCAGGCGUUGGCCGGACGCGUUGGGAAGCUGGAGCGGCAAGAGCUAGCCCUUCAGCCUGGCGAAUUUGUUCCCACCCGGACAAUCCAGCUCCAAUGCCCAUCAUCGAAUCUGGCCUGUGCGUGGCGCCUAUGGGAUGCACAGGCAGAAAAGUUUGGAGCAGAACUACAAGGCCAGCAGCUCGUGAUCAACGGAGCCCGUCUUCGUGAAGCGCGUGGGGAGGCGGAACUGACGGGCUGUGCCGGCUCCUCAGACGAGACGAGUAAUGCUGAUGGAGGCAAGCGUCCAUGCUCCCUUGCAAUGUCAGAAUUUAUGGAAAUGGCCUUCAUCGCAGCUGAGCAAGAAGACGAAGCCAUGGCGCGAAGAAUGAUGCUGGAGGAGAUGGCCUCUUUCGGAUUGGCAGGUCCAUCAAGCUCCAGUUCAAGCUCCUCGCGCCGGCUCAUACCUGACACUUCGGCGAUCACUUUGCGUGCGGUUUGUCCUGCUUGUGGUGAAGCUCAGCAGUUUCGACCACCCCCUCAUAGCACAGGAGUUUUGUCCAUUCGAUGCAAUCGCUGCCACGAGCAGUUCCAGGCAUCUAUUCCUCAACAGGCCGCAGGUGAGAAUGGAUUGUUGCGGGAACGCCCGGCUUUGCAAUUCUGCCGACGCUGUGGCACCCUGAACACUUUCCCGGCCUCAGCAACCGGCCAGCCGCACAGAGUCAGCUGCGGAAACUGCGGCAACGUCACAGAGUUUGAACCACGGCGCGCGAGAGGUGCGCUGGGUGGUGCACAACGAAGCGAGGGCCAGCGAGCACUGCUAGAAGCGAUUUUCAACGACCGUCAGCUUAUGCAAAGCAUGAAUGGUCCAGUGGUCCGCAUUCCAAUGGAUGGCCAGCGGCAAGCUAUCCCAUUGGCACUGCUUGCUGCGCUGAUGGCUGCAGCAGAUGCAGAGAAGUCCAACCCAGCCAGACGUACAGAUGUUGCUUUGUUGCCCACGCGCAAAUUGGAGAAUUUGGAUCAUCUUGGCGACCAGACCAAGUGCCUGGUUUGCCUGGAAGAGUUUGCAGAUGGAGAUGAGGUAAAGACGCUGCCAUGCCUGCAUUUCUACCAUCAGAGGUGUGUCGAUCAAUGGCUUGCCACGGACAACUCUUGUCCGGUAUGCAAGACCCCGAUCGACCAACCGGAAGAUCCUCCGUCCUGA